AAUGCCACGCCAUCACAAUAUAAACUACGCGUAUAUGUCGUAAGACUAUGCCUCUAGUACAUACUAUUAGAGUGUAUCACUAAAAUGACUAUUUAUAUACCUUGCGUGCUCAUGUUUCAUCGUCACAAAGAGAUUUCACAGAAACUCGAUGACGGUGCGUAUACGUACAAGAAUCUAAUUAAUUGGCGGCAUCCGUUCCUGCCACUACUUAGCACACAAAUAUGCCGCAUCAUCACACGUGCAUCCAACACCUAAAAUUAUAGCUCUAGUAUGCUCAACGUUACAUAAUCUGGGCUCUUGCAUUUACGACUGGUACACGUACAGUACCAAGAUUAACAAAGUUCUAGUUAUUACGACUGUAGAAAGUCGAGAUCUAGAAAUGAAUGCGAACAGAGAGAGAGCGUUGAUAUGAUAACGUACGAUGACGUAAUUCACAUCGUCGCCCAAGUUCACCAAACAAUAAUUAUUGUUUAGACUAACCGGAAGCGAAGUCCCACCUAGAUUAAAUUAGCAACGAACAAACAAGAGGUAGGUUUGUCAUCAUACCAGUCGUACAGGUGUAGCCUAGCCGAUUGUGGUUACGUGUACAAACAGGCGUCCGAGUCAAUCUUGUAAUCGCUGCGGCGUGCCAGAUUCUGUGUCGUAGUUGCAGAGAGAGAAGACAGACUAAAAUGUUAGUGAUGAAGAAAGAUGACGACGAGGUCGGAGGCGACGCUUGCGUGCGAGACGUUCGCAUAUCGCGUCUUAAAGCCGCCUUCGAGGAAUGCGAGACGAAGCUGCGUCGACUUCGAGAGCUUCCGGAACUGUCGGCCAUUUUUUUCUCUGAUGAUACCGACAAGUUGGGAAAACAGUUGACCUCUAGCCAGAAGCCGGAAUUCGAUAGACAAGUGGAGGUGAGAAACCGGAAACGGAGCGACCGCCCUCGAAUUACACACAAAGAGGUGAGACCGCGAAGUGACGAAUUAACGAGGCAACGAGCUGUUGCAGCAGAGAGGAAGGAGAGUGGUGAUGCGAGCGAGUGCGAACGAGAUCCGGCGGUGGCGUCGCUUCAAAUUGUUGGAGUAAAAAGUCUUUGCCCUGAAGCACAAUGCGCCAUGCCUUCUCACGCCAUGCCUUCACACGCCAGAUACUUAGCCUUGCCUUCACACGCCAGAUACUUAGCCAUGCCUUCACACGCCAGGUAUUUAGCUGCCACAGCAGCUGAUCAACAGACCUCUAGGUUGCCAUCUUACCAUUCUUACUAUUCGUGGUUACAGCAAGGACAUACGCAUUCACCACCACCACCACCACCAUCAUCAUCAUCCAGGUUCCUGCAUCCCUAUCAGCGCGUUGGCAAUCAUCAGCAUCCGGUUUACUAUUCUAAUCAAAAUGUUGGUUGGACUCCGACGUUUACCUAUGGUGACCAUACGCUUGAGGAGCCUCCGUGCAAAGUCAGUCGAGGUCAGUUCUGGUUUCCGUCGGACUCUUGGUGUGAAGAGCCCAGAAGUGUACGCGAGGGCGUGAAGUUGCAAGGCGUUGGCGUACCGCAAGAGAACAGGAAUCAACUGGAACGCGAUUCGUGUUACAAUGUUUACGCGUAUUGUGGUCUGUCUGCAAAUCAAGCUCGAUCUCAAACCUUGGUACAUGGUUUGACCAAGAAAGCAGGGAUUGCUACAUUCUAGUUGACUGUUUUGGGUUAUAGCACUAAAAUUGUGUUGAUGCUAUUUUGUUCCUAGUUAUAAGAGUUUUCAUUUGAGUUUCCUGUUACUACUGAAAUUAUCCGAAAUGCUUUUGUUGGCUAUGCAAGUUAAUAAUAACCUAGUAUUGAUAUUAACUUGGUGUCAAGUAUCUGGCUUCUACGCUGGUUCCACAUUUCAUCAAGCAAACGUUUACGUUUACGCAAACAGAGAAGGCAUUCUGACUGUUUCCACUAACUUGUAAAACAGUUCUGCAUCUCUGUCUGCUCAGGCUCACACCUAGGUAGUAGGUUUAAACAUAUCGAUCCGAUCUCUUUUAUAUAGUAAUUGCAGACUGUGUACGCCAAAAUUUUCCA